UUCGCCAUAAAUACUCUCUAUCUCGAUCUCUCUCUAACUAACUAAGAUAUGGACAUCGCCGAUAUAGGUAAGAAACUUGGUCUCGCAGAUUCGAAACAGGUGAUACGAAAGGCUGGUGAAUUUCGCCGUCUAUGUGACCUCCAAUUUGACUCUUCCACAAUCGGAGUGGGGGAGAUUUGCAAGGCGAUUAUUUGCUUAGAGAUGGCCGCUUUGAGGUUUGACGUUAUAUUUGAUCGUGAGAAUGCUGUUAAGCUGAGUGGGAUGUCUGAUAAGGCAUAUACUAGAUCAUUUAAUUCUAUACAGAAUGGUCUUGGAAUCAAGAGUAAACUUGAUGUCAGAGAAUUAGCUGUUCGGUUUGGAUGUGUUAGGCUAAUUCCUAUCGUCCUCAGAGGUUUAUCUCAGUACAAAGACAGGUUUAUUGCAUCAUUGCCUCUUUCUCGUAGGGCAAGUGCUGAUUUCACUCGCUCUGUAUUUACUGCAGUUGGAUUCUACUUGUGUGCCAAGAAGCAUAAGCUGAAGUUAGACAAGAUUAAGUUGAUUGAGCUAUGUGGCACAUCAGAAUCAGAAUUUUCUAAUGUAUCUACAUCAAUGAAGGAGCUUUGUUUUGAUAUAUUUGGUAUAUCGAAAGAUAAGAAAGACCCGAAAGAAAUAAAGGGGAAUAGAGACCUGUUAGAUGCAUUACCGGAAAAAAGAAGGGUGGAGGAUGGUGGUUAUUCAUCUGAUGAUGGAGAAGAAGAGAGUUCGUGUUAUAAGAAGCAGAAACUUAUGGAGAAACACGAGUACAACGAGUGGAAAUCUAAUGUCAUGAAAUCAAAUCAACAGAACAAGGAGGGAAAAGAUCCUGCAAAGCGCACAAAGCAAGCCCGACUCAACUUUUUCAAGAAAACGCCUUAAUAUGUAUAUUUCAAUUUAUCGUCUACUCCAAUUUAUUGUUUACAAAUUCAAAUAGAUGGGCAGUUAGUUCAUUGAAAGAGGAGGAUAUGCAUAUGGGCUUAAAUUUGUUGUUUAGGAUAUCUGUCAUGGUUUGGACUGGUUUUGGAUAAGAGGAAGGACUCAAAUAUUCUUUUAAACUAGAGUUUAUUUUC